UUCUGUGAAUAAAAGUACAAGGUGGGCAGUAAAGAUACAAAGAUGAAAUGACAUGUUCCCUACUGGCUUGUGAUCUAGUGGGAAAACAAUGCGAAAUAAUUUACAGCAUACAUAUAAGUAGCUAAAAUGGAGCAAAUCAUUGUGGGAGAUUAAAGGAACUACAUCUAGUAGGAAACCAGACGGACAAAGAAAAUGUUUUAAAUGAUAAACAGUUCAAUUGUAAAUACUAAAAGGAGGAGUUUCUUUGGCCUUUGCAAGUCACUUGUUAACUGUGGCCCAGCGUCAACACAGGCCAUUGUCAGCCAUGGGUUUGCACACAGGCAGUUUGCACACAGGCAGUUUGCACACAGGAAUGGGCCCUGACUGGUUCAAGAACCUGGGUGAGGAGAGGACACGGGGGAGAAGGCUGUUAGGACUGGUGGGGAGCAAAACAGGGUUUCUUCUUGUCAGAGACCUUCAUAACGUGACUCUUUUCAGCUGGACAAGGAUGUGAAAGGAUGAAGCCCUAGGAGCUGCUUGCAGCCAUCUUUCAUCACUGAGAAAAGAGCCUGCCUGGAAAGGAGUUAGCACUGAAGAGAGACAGCUGAAAAGUGGGGAGAGCCCUGGUUCUGUCCGUGAGGCCACAGUUAACCAAGCUUCGUGCAAAUAUGUGCAAAUUCCUUUUAUUGUAACCAGAUUAAGCUGUGUCUUGUGACCUAGAAAGGCCUAACAUGACAACUUAAAAAUUAAUAUCAAUGAAACGUAGGGGAAUGCAUCUCUCCAAACUCCUCUCCUCCUCCCCCAGCGUUAUCAACCUAAAAAUCUCAAAUGAUGGGAAGGAUCACAAAACAUACCCUGUAUCGUGGAACCGUACACAGUACACAGAGAUGUGGCACAAAACAACUCUUUCUAGAGCUAGUCUACAGGUGAACGUGCUAUACAUAAAAGUGAGGACUUAACCAUUCUCAGGUGGAACUUUGUGUCCCACUUUCUUACUUUUGUCUACUCAGAGUGCAGAGAAUCUGAGAAGAAAUGAACACAUACAUGCUAGAGAAGGUAAGGUUCAAGCGGUGAGGAGGCUUAUAACAUGAGACAGUGAAUCAGUCACGUGAUGUAAACUGAUACCUAAAGUAUAAAGAUAAAUGUAAUUGAAGGGGCAGGUAAUUCAAUCAAUGUCUAAAUACUCUAAUCAAAUAGUUGGAAUUUUUUAAUACUAACAUACUUGAUCAACUCUUACUCUACAUAUUUCCAGCUGUGAUUAUAUUUUGAAGAUAGGUAUCUGUAAGAAUGCCCACCCAGGUAACAUGUGAACAGUACAACACAGCCCAAAUGCCCAGAGGCCGUAACUAAACAGGAUGAUUUUUAAACCUGGGAAUGGAGGAAACAGGGAAAGGCUCUGUUUAAUUCAGUCAUCUGCCUUACCAAGAGAUCUGAAACCUAUUUUUACAUCUUUUUUUUAAAAUUACAAUUUUAAAUUUUGAAAUAAUUAUAGAUUCACGAGAAGUUUCAAAGAUGGUACAAAGAUGUUCCUUCACCCAGUUUCCCCAAUGGUUACAACUUACGCACUUAUAGUACAAUAUCAAAACCAGGAGUUCAACUUUGGAACAAGGUAUGUAAGUUCCGUACCUGAUCACACAUAUAAACUUGCGUAACCAUCAUGACCAAAAUACAGAACUGUUGUUACCACAAACGUCUGUCUCCCUUGCUCAAACCCUCUACAUUCCCACCCACCCUCUCAUCUACCAAAAGAAAUUUCACGUAAAAAUGUUCUAGGUGACUUUAUUUUCUGUGUAAACCCGGCCUAGUCUAUUUCCUUUUUGUACAAUGCUGUCCCCACCCUUUGAAAUAAUGUGAUCUAUUAAUAGGUCCUCAUGCUCAAUUUUAAAAACAAUGCAAUCAAUCUGAACUUCCAGACUUACUCAAGAUUUUGGUUUGGCAACACACGUGUACGUGCACACACACACACACACACCUGAUUUAUGGUGAAUUCCCUUUUCUAAUCGCAGGUGCUUGUUUUCGUGAUCUCAAGUCUGGCCCCACCUUUCCGUGGCUGUGCCUAGGGUCCAUCCUUAGACUUCCAGGUUCUAAACUCUUCUCAGAUCACUGAGUCUCUGGAUCCUGCUAAGUAAGUUAUUCCAACACAAAGGAAAUAGAUUUGCGAAACAGGAUUCACUAUGAGAUUAUUAACGGACCAAUAGGAUUGUUUCAGUCGGUACCUACUAAGAAACUCCAAAUGUGAUUACAGGAUUGCACGGUAAAUGCAGAUGCCCAAAAAGGGGUGGUGAUGGUCUCUGGUGGCUUUGUCAUCCUUCUGCACAGCUCGAGAAUCUACUCUUGCCCUCAGUUUUUCACAACGGAACCCUCACAACACGGCUACUCUCCAACCCUCCUUUUCCGAAAACUCAGGCUGAGAAUGGGGGGGGGUCUGGGGGUGGGCGAAAAAAGUGUUAAUUUAAUUCUAACACCUAGAAUUACCUCCUGGGCUUGUGCUAAUUUCCUCAAAUUCAAUUUGUGGGGGUAUCUGGAUAACUGUCAUCUUUCAGACAGAAAACACCUCUUAUUCAGGGCUUGCUUUCACUUUGGGUCCUCAUUUCAGGCGGGGCCAAAGAACCCCGCCGUGGAGGCCCGGCUUCCCACGCGGUUCCUCGCACCUGUUACCCGCCGGGGCUCAGCCCUUCGCGGACGGGCCCGCGCGGACCACGGACAGACCUCGGCUGUCCUAGGCACUCUGCGGCCUCUUCACGCUUGUGCCGGUUAUGCUGAGCGAUCUCAAGUCUCGUUUGACGCGAGAAAAAAAGUGUCCACUCUCCGUCUCAGAGGAGAAACGGACUACUGAGCAUUCGGGGCCGGAGGUCGCAGAUGCACGUCCUCCCUCGUCCCCGCGUGGCGUCGGAGCUUCGAUCGGCGGCCUAACGCGUCCAGCCUCCUUCGCGGCCCGCGGGCUGGCGGUUGGGCCGCCUGAGUCCGCGCGCCCUUCCCCGCCCGGUCCCGCGGCCCGCGGCGGCCAUGGCGGCCAGGCGGGUCCCCGCGCUGGCGGGCGCCGCGCUCGGGAGGCAGCUUCCCGCCGCCCCGCCGCCAAGGCCUGUCUGGGUUGGCCCAGGGUUCCGACAGCCCGUCAGCGUCACCCUCUGCUCCGCUUCUGAAGGAGACCGCGGCGGCUCCGGGCCCCGCAUGCGUGACAGGCCGGAGGGAGCGGCGAGGCGUCCGGCGCGCGAAGAGUUAACGCCGACGGACCGACGGAUCGCGGACCUGCACGCGGCCGCCUGCGCGGUGAGGCCCCGCCCCACCCCAGCGCCCCGGGGCCCGUGCGCCUGCGCGGUGAGGCCCCUCCGCCCCGCCCAGCCCUGGAGGCCCAAGGGUCCGUGCGCCUGCGCGGCCGGCCAGCUGAGCUAUGUGGAUCCAGCCACCGGCUAUAUGGUGCUCACGAGGGUCGCCCACUUGCAGAGAGGGAAGUGCUGUGGCUCUGCCUGCAGACACACACAUAUGUUGAAGAAAGAAAAUAAUGACUGUUCCAUUAAAUAAAUAGUAGCGACCGGGUGACAUUAGUAGCUGUUGAUUUUCUCGUAGCCUCAGUACUCCUACUGUUUUCUCCUCAGUGUUAGCGACCCAACUGAAGUUGCUGGCAAAUAGAAGAGUUUGAAGAUGUUCUUCCUUUUAUUUAUAUCUUGAGCUACAAGGAGGUUGAUAGAAUGCUAUCUGGUGCAGCAUCUGAGCGUCCAGGAAGUAGCACUCUGUGUCAAGAGCCGCUCUCACCUUCCAUCUGUUCUCUCAAUGAAAACUUUAAAUCAUUCUGACUGGGGGUC